UGGACGCGGCCACAGACAGACGACAGAGCGGAGCAGAGCGGCAGGGCUGGGCUCUGCAGGAUUUGGUUGCUCUCACGAUGAACUGAGUGAGCCCUCUGCCAGACGGUCCGCAGCAGUCGGUGAAGACCGCGCGGCGUCCUUUCCCAGUCCUCUGCCCUGCUGCGAAUACGCUGGAAGAGGGUCAGCCGCUGGGUCGUGUACAGUCUGGAGACCACUCACCCCAAAAGAUCGGGAUGUUAUGUGUCCUCAAACUAUGAAGGAGCCGCAGCAGGAUCCGAGAAAUACAGUCCUCUGACAGGGUGUGACCAGGAGCAAUAGCUCCGGACUGACCUGUGCCAUGAAGACCCAGAAGGCCCGAGGUGUUAAACCAACUUCACCUUCCUGCCAACGGAAGUCUCGCUUCACCUUACGAGGCAGAAAGAAGAAGGACGGGGUUAUCCAAGGCAAGCUUCGCAUCCGCUCCAUGCCUGGAGCCUUCCUGGUGCUGGGGGUCAUUGUAGUGGUUGUUGGCACUGCUCUGGCUGUGGCAGGUUACUGGCCCUACCGGAUAUCGAGGUCAUCCAUCCUGGGAGCUGCAGAGGGAAAAAGUAUCUCUGAGUCACAGACUUCUGGUUGGAGUUUGGGAGCUAAGGGCCUCCUGUCCACAGCCAGCCUCAUCCACAGUGAACGGAUGAAGCUGCUGGGGCCUGUCAUCAUGGGGGUGGGACUCUUCAUCCUCAUAUGUGCCAACACAGUCCUUUAUGAAAACAGGGACAGAGAAACUCAGAUGCUGCUGGCUCAAAUGCGCAAUGUUAUCUGCUCUGUGUCUGCAGCUGUGCCCUCAGCGGACCUUAAAGAAAUAGCAGCAGCAAACUCGAUGGCCAAACACUACCAGUGGGUGAGCAGUUUACCAGCUGCCCAUCUCAACAUCCUCUGUCUGCAGCAGCUUGCCAGCUCUGAGCCCCUGCUCCAGACCAGACACCCCAGAGACCAUGAGGACAGUGUGGAGGGCAUCUACCAGCUGGCAGUUCUCCAGACAGAAGCCAUCCACCACCAGGAAUCCGAGCCACCGCCUUCCCUCCACUCCUCCCACUCCAACUCAUGUAAUUCCAGUCAGACAGACUUUAACACACAGCCUGGUGCAGAGCACAGGGGCAUUGCUAGCUUCAAUCAGCAGGCUGCCCCACUCGUCAAGUUGAACAACUGCAUGGUGUCUGCCAGCUCCAUGUCCACCCUGGGGGUGGACGAGGUGGAUAUCCCAGCUGCCCAACCGAGGCGCUGCCACAGUAUGAGCUACAGGACUAACCCUUACGUAGCCCGAACUGGUAUGCAUCCGGAAGAAGCACUCCACACACCUGGAGAGGAGGUUCAAAUAAAUCAGCUAGCAGUCACAAGGAGAGAGGCUGGUUCACAGGUUUGCGUGAACAUUCUGGGGCAGGUUGUGGAUGCUGCUGAGGAGCAGACUCACCGAAGUUGGCCUCGGCUAGACCUGGGCAGUGGCAGACGAUACCUGAAACUAGAAAACAAAGAGGACUCAGUGGACAAACUACUGGAUCAGUUAGAGCAACAGUGUUCUCAGUGGGAUAAGAGUUUUGGCUCUGGGCCUUUCCAGUGAUGGCUGUAUUAGCUUCACAGUAAGGAUUUAUUCCCCUGGAUUCAAAAACUGCACUAUAUUUUUGGUUUUAAAUUCUGUGUGAGUCCUAGAUCAUUUGGAGUACAGUAUUUCUCACAAGGAUCUUCCAAAACUUGAGCCUGUUCUCAAUAUAUUGAUACGCAAGGGUUAUGGUCUUUGCUUGGCUGGAAGUGCUAGAUGUUUAUAUAAGUGAAGCAGAUGAACAAUAUACAGAUCCUACACUGUCAGAGAUGGGCAAAGCAAUUUGACAGACUGUUUACUUCAGUCUGGGUUGGCAGCAAUUUGAGAAAUUAACUUGUAUCCCAGUGCCAAAAUGCGUUUGCCCAUUUCCAGGACACAGUGUUCACAACCCAAUGAAGAAGCGAUAGAAGGGUGCAGGAGGAUGCAGCAUUGUUUUCACUGUGCAAUCAUUUUUGAACCAAACUACCUGGACCCCUGAGCACAUAAAGUGCUAGGACUUUUUCCUCAGAUGAGGUCCUAUACUCCAAAUGCAAUGCAUGGCAGUGAUGUACAGUAUGUCACAUCUUAAUACUUAUGCAGAGUAUCGUCAUUGUUGGUUUUAUGUGUAUAGAAGUAAUGAUAGUUAAAGGGUAAUUCUGGUUUAUUACAAUUUGGGUCUCUUUUUUCUUAUGUUUGGCCAUUAAUCCUAUAGUAUCAGUGGGGAUAACAUUGUAACCGCCCAAAUUAAUUGCUGAGGCCUGGGGACAUAAGGACAGUGUUUGUCUUGCAACUGUGAUGGAUGUUUGUACUGGACAGUUUGGAUAAUAAUUAUACGGCUUGCCUUUUUUUUCUUAUGGACAGAUUAUCAUGACCAUGGUUCCUGGGCCUUAUUUUCACUAAGGGCCAUUACCAACACACACAUACACCCAUGUGUUGGACUUCAGUGCACAACAGCACAUGGCCAAGAAACCUUCAAGCACCAUGUGUUAGUCUAAAUUCCAGUUAUGUUUAUUUUGGUAUAUUAGGUUGACCAUGUUUUAGUUCUGUUUUGCUCUAUGUACACCAUCAUAUUUUACUUAUCUUUAAGGGUCAAAACAGAAACCAGAUGUGAAUAACGAGUGAGUCUAUAAAACAUCACCCUACUGCUAGCCCUGAAAGAAUACAGAAAUGAGAAUCAAAUGUAGUGUAGAGCCACAGCAAUGACCAGACGGCUAAACACAGCACAGCAUGGUAGAGGUAAAUAUUCCACCUAGAACACCAGAUGGCCCUCUCUAAAGAGAAGUAACUGAAGACGAACUCCCGGACAAGGUCUGGGUCAGUGACCAUAAAUGAAAGCAUGUUCAGGUGCCUCUGUGUCAUCCAUGUAAUGUCCUUAGCUCAGUAGUUAAAUAGUUUUGUUUGGUGUUUAAUCCUUGACAUUUUGUGAAAACAUAAUAUUCACGAUUACAGUUGCGGACAGGAAGGGUUAGGCACAUUUCUUUGUACAAGAAAUGUACAAAGAACAUGUUGACUGUAAUCCACAAUUCAGCAUUGUUUUAGAGGCUCUGAUGGAAGGUGUGAUAAAAGAUGUAACAUAAAAUUAAUCAGAGCAGAUGUUCCUCCAAAUCGAAAGGCUGUCAGAGGAGUGAGUGUUUCCUCUGUCAGUUAAACACUGUCCCAUUCUGUCUCUAGCUUGCAUCUGUAUAUGCUUUUUCUUUUUAAGCUUACCUCAUGCCAAACUAAUGAAAAUGUGUUUUUACAUGUUAAAAUAGCAGUGGCCAUUUGGCAUUAGUUUUACUUCAUUGCAUUCAGCAGGGCAUCGGCUACUCUACCAAGUACAGGGAAUGACAUUCUUAUGACAUUUUUAUUUACAUAUGUGUUUGCACUUGCAGUAAUCCAUGUAUGCUUCGAAAUAAGUUUGGUGGCAACACUGUACUUUAAAUCCGUAUUUUUAGUAUUUAUAAGCAGUAUAUAAACAUUUAAUAAGCGGUUUACAACACACUAUAAUGUAGGAAGCAGAUAUAGAUUUUCAUCAACUACAACUCCUUUUGUGGGGACCCAUCAGUGGAGGCUGCUGUAUAAAUGGAUAAUGAAUGACAAUAUAGAAAAACACUUAAAUACACAAAUAUCAAAUUUGUCUUUUGUCUUUUAAAAUUUAUCACAUUUCCUGAUAAAUACUGUACAAUUAAUAAGUACUUAAAAUGUCAUUAGAGCUGUGUACAACUAUAUUAUUGUGUGUUAUAAUCUAUUUAUUAGAUGAUUAUAUACUGCUUAUAAAUGUUUAAUAGGUGGACUUAAAUUGUUACCACCAAACUUAUUUGGAAGCAUAGACAGAUUACUGCAAUUAAAAACAGUCUUACCAAAUUAGUUAACAAAAUUGUCUGAUGUUCUGACUACUCUGUUUAGUGAUGUCACAGUGUUCCCAGAUCUCAACUAUGGGUGAACUUGGUGAUUACACUGUUGUUAUUACUAUUAAGAAGAAUGGCUAAAACUAUGAAAAUAAGACAAAGUUGUAAAAAAAAAAAAAACAGUUAUCCAUAAUAAUGAAGGAGAUUUUCUCUUUGUUGUCCUUCCCCUGGUUGUUUCCAAUAUUAGCUUGUAGUGAAAGCACGGAUGAGUCCUCCUGCUGGUUUCCUGUUAAUCUUCUCCCUUCAGAGUACACCCAAUAUUUAUGAGAAGGCCCUGCCUACACACACCCACCCCCACCCUCCCUAACCUUUGAUCAAAUGGACAGAAUGGACUGUGCAGACAAGGCAAGCCCGAAGCUUCAGUUAGAUUUAUUGAGGUGAUCAAUGUUACAGUAUACAGCUGGGUGUGUGUCCUGGAGGAAAGAGAAUAUGAAUCAGAGUCUCAUGGGCCCCCUGCUCCUUGUGACCCUUCCUUGUUUGAAUCAACAGUCUUUCUCUGGUUUUCUUUCUGUCUGUGCUGCCUGUUCUGAUGCCAUGUGUGACACUUUGUGUUCUAAAUGUAUACAAAGCAAUAUGAAUGGUCUGACAGAACAAUCAAUGGCUGUGUCUUGCCCUGUGUCGACCACCCAAUUAAACAACAUUGCCAUGCUUUUGUUGCAAAUAUACAGCAAAGCAAAAGCAGCUCCUGUUCGCUGUUGUCUCACUUAUUCAAGCUGUCAAGGUAAUGGCACCUGGUUGUAUAUGUAUACAGCAUAUAAUCAUCUCACCAUGCCUGUUAUUUAUGACCCCAUUCCUCACCCCAAAGGAGACUUUGAAUUCGAUCUAUAUAUCUCCGGCUGAAAACAUCCAGCUGGGAUCUUGACCAGUGAGGCUCACAUUCAGUUUAUCAACUGAUGAAUGAAAAUGUGAGAAAUGAAAUUUCUCUUCUCUGCUCCACCAGCCUGAUAUUUUGAAGCAGCUCUGAGCAGGGAUGGGGUGGAGUGGCAGGGGGAAUUCUCCAGCUGCAACUAUUCUCAGCAGAGCCUAGUGCACACUCCAAAUUUUUCCCUUCUAAUGAGAUUUUAUGGUUCCUUCCGGGCAGGUAUGCAGUCCCUUGUGAUCUCUUUCUAUUUAAUUGGUCAUUUACAAGAUGGCUUCUGGGUUUCUACCAGCUCAUAAAGUGAGAAGGCAGGACCUCCUGCCCUCUGCUGCAAAAACAGAAAGGUAGAGGAUUACAUGGUUGCGUAGGACAAGAGGGUGCAGAUGUGAAAAAUCGGGGCUCAUGAUUUACUGCCUCUGUGCCAGACAUCAGCUCUUGUUCCCAUCUGUUCAGUUGAUCUGUCAAGCUUUCACCACACUGCCAACAAAAACAGCAAAAUUAGGAAAGAGGUUUCUGAAACGAACGGCUUUAUUGAUUCAAGAUUCAGCCAGGAUCCUUUGGACUGGCUCAUAAAUGUUGCUGCCCGUUAGCUAAUAUACCCAAUGCACUAAUACCUGGCAAGCAGGGAUUGGUGAAACAGUGGUCUCUCCAAAGUGAAGCAAGAGCAGGAUAAUUAUUUCCACAUUGUCGGAAGUUUAUAUUUUUACCUUAGUUAUCAAUUAUCCAAACCAAUUUCAUCAAAUUUCAAAGAUCACAUCAGUGUUUGGCAUGUUUUAGCUCUUUUCCUACAAAGCAUGUAUACAUACAUAUACUGCUGACACAAUUCAAAAGCAUACGUGGGUGUUUCACAGUGUGUAUUUCAUAAUUUGUUUUCCGAUCUCAGGCAUUUGUUCUGAUUUAUCUCACUUCAGUAUGGAAAUUAACUUGUCAGAGUUAUCAGCUGGAAGGAUUACCUCCUGUAAGUCAAAGAAAAUUCAAGCCACUGCACGUUCACUUUCACACUACAGUGAACCAGUGGCUGAGUGAAGAUCAUACUAUAUUCAUGAUUGGCUGGCAUGACACUGUGGUUACAGACGGCAGCUACAUAGUGGUACAUUUAAAGCUGGUGAAACAUCUACACAUAUUCAAAUUAUGCAAUGACACCUUAUAAAAUCUCUCCCAAAGCAGAUUUAAGGCACUUAUGUCAGUGCUGUUUAAAUGAUCAACCUCAUUUAUUAAGCUGAUUCCAGUUAACUAAACUUCAUUGAAAGCUCAAAUUAAUUGACGGAUUAAAUUUGAGACUGUAAAACAUACCUCAGA